AUGGCAGCUAGCGGACAGGCUCCUUUGAAGACUGAAGGGGUUCCAAGGAGUAGGUCUGAAGGAAACUUGGUGGAUGAACAAAACUCCUCCACACAUUAUGAUGAAGCAGAUUGCCAAGACAAUGAUGUGCUUCCUGAUUGGCCUGAUGUUAGCCCCCAGCAUGUCAGUCCUAUUUCCAAGACAACAAAUCCAUUCUGGAAUGGACUUUCUGCUUCGAACCCAUUCUUGGAUGAUAUAGCUCAGUUAAGAAAUACUGGAAAGAAAAAAACCACGUCCAUAUUAAAAGAAGACCCCUUUCUCUUUUUUCGAGAAGUGGAAGAAGAUAGUUCUUCUGGUGAUGAAUUAAAUGUUCAUCAAUUGCUCAGGAAGUCUUCAUCAAGGAAAUAUGGGAAAUCCAAGAGUGUUUCAGAGCUUUUGGACAUUGUGGAUGCAACCCUGAGUACAGAGAUAUCUGACCAGAUUUUACGUCAUGACAUGGAAUGGCUUCAACAUGACCGGGAGGCUUAUAAAAUGGCCUGGUUAAGUCAACGUCAACUGGCUCGAUCAUGCUUGGAUUUGAACACAAAGAGUUACAGUCCGGGUUGGGCUCAGACACAAGUGGCAGACACUGUCAUCCUUUGUAAAUUGGACCACAAAGGAGGCUCAGUGCAACUCCCAGGAUCACACAUUACUGUGUAUGUACCUCAGGGCCAUGUAAGGACUGGAGAGUUCCAAGAAAUUUCCCUGAGGGCUUUCCUGGACCCUCCAGAAACCCUGAAUCAUGAUCUAUCAUGCACUGUGAGUCCACUGUUGGAAAUUAGGUUAAGCAACCUAGACACAAAGGAAGCUAUUUUGUUAGAAAUGAAAAUCUCAGCUGAAGUGAAGCAGGAUCCUUUCAGCCAAGUUAUGGGGAUGCUGACUUGUUUGCAUAGCUCCAAUAAAGGAGGGUCCUUCAAAGAAUUCAGUACCUGUUAUAUUUACAAUGACACUAUCCAAGUGAAAUUAUUAGAAUUAAGUCAUGUGAUGUACAUAGUGGUUGUAGCUCGAGCCAAAGCUAUUCAGGCACCAGCCAGAAGUGUGUGGGAUUAUAUCCACAAAACUAUUUAUGUUGGAAUUUAUGGACCCAAAUAUAUCCAUCCCAGUUUCACUGCCAUCUUUACUUUGUGGGGACACAGCUAUAUGCCGAGCAACCUCACCAUCACUGACAUUAACAGGAGUGGGAAAAAUGUCUCUCCAGUUGUAUUUCAGCUCUGGGGGAAACAUUCCUUUUUGCUUAACCAGCCCCACGAUCUACACAUUUCAGUCUUCUCACAUGAUCUGGAUUUUAAAGUGAAAGAAGAUGACCAAAGAAAAGAAAUUAAACAAGAGCAGCUAAAAGCUGGAGAAGUAAUCCAUCAACAAUUUCUGUUUUCUGCAAUGGACAGCAAGACCUUGCACACAUUUGUAUUCCUGGUCCAGAUCCAUAUGCCCAAUAAGAACCCUGUGGCACAAUUUUAUGUAAGGACACCUGACCCAGCUCCCAACUUUAGUAGGAUUCCCAGUCAGUCAAAUUCCUUGAAGAUGGAAGGGAUCAAGUCCUACCCUUUGUUCCCAGCACUAGCUGCUAAAUAUCCCAAAUUUCAAGAUAAAACAUUGCACUUUAUCCAUUAUGGUGUAACUUUGAAAACAGUGUUAAGGCAACACAAGAUUGAUUACCUCCUAGAAUAUUUCAAAGGGGACAACAUUGCCCUCCUUGGAGGGGGUAAGGUGAAAGCUAUUGGUCAGACCAAAGUCAAGGAAUGGUAUGUAGGAGUCCUCCAGGGGAAGCUUGGUCUUGUGCGUUGCAAAAAUGUCAAAGUGAUUUCUAGGGAACAAGUCAUUGACAUGUCUGAGAGUGUGUUUACAACCCAGAAACUUCUAGAACAGGCUGCCCUGCCCUUUAAGAAGAUGACCUACAUCUAUUCAACUGUGCUGACCCUGGUAUCUGAAAAAAUUUUGGACUGGAAAGCUUUAGCUGAUGCACUGGGUUAUUCACAGCUGACGACAGAAGAUUUUGAUCAGAUGCAAGUUGACAAAGAGACAGAAAGAGUGUCUUAUAUUGUCAAGAAGUUGAAGGAAGAUUGUCACACAGACAGAAAUCGGAGAAGCUUUCUUUAUGAACUUGUGGUUGCGCUGCUGAAGAUAGACUGCCAAGGCUUGGUUGCUCAUCUUAUCCGGGAGACGGUGAUUCUGACUUCAGCUGUCAAACUAGGGAAAGGCUGGAGGGAGCUGGCAGAAAAGUUAGUGAGACUCACAAAGCAACAAAUUGAGGCGUAUGAGAUCCCUCACCGAGGAAAAGCUGGAGAAGUUGUCACAGAGAUGAUGUGGAAGCCUGCAUAUGAUUUCCUCUAUACUUGGGGAGCACAUUAUGGAGAAAGUUACCGGGAUGUGCUGCAAGAUUUACAACUGGCUUUGGACAGAAUGAAAAACCCUGUGACCAAACAUUGGCGAGAAUUAACUGGGGCCUUGAUCUUGGUGAACUGCUUGGAAGUUUUGAGAGCAACAUCCUUCCAUGUCUCAGAGGAAUAA